UCCUCCAACCGCCACCCGCCCUCGGCAACCGCCCCCAACGGCCUCCCGCGCGGCUCCGACCGCCUCGCUCCUCCCCUCAGGCCCCUGCGGCCGCCGGGGCGCUCUCCACCCGGCGCCUCGCACUCUCGUACCUCGCGGGCACGCCAGUGAGCGGCGCCGCCAUGCGCGCCCAGCCCCAGGCUGCUCACGGGCCUAGGCGCGGCGGCCCGAGAUAGGGUCCCCUGAGCCUCCUGGGGGAGGAGAGGAGCCAGCCGCGCGCUCCGCCCCCUCCCCCCAGGUUGUCGCCGCCGCCGCCGCCGCCACCUCGCCGCCUCAGCCUGGCGGGGAGGAGGAGGAGCAGUAGCAGGCCUCCGGGCCCCUGCCACACCGCCCGCAGGACAUUUCUGAUUCAUUUGCAUCCUUGAAGAGCAUCUGUAGAAGAGGAAGGAAAAGAUGGGUGUGAAAACGUUUACUCAUAGCUCCUCUUCCCACAGCCAGGAAAUGCUUGGAAAACUAAAUAUGCUACGAAAUGAUGGACAUUUUUGUGAUAUCACUAUUCGUGUCCAGGACAAAAUCUUCCGGGCUCAUAAGGUGGUACUAGCAGCUUGCAGUGAUUUCUUUCGCACCAAACUUGUAGGCCAAGCAGAAGAUGAAAACAAAAAUGUGUUGGAUCUGCAUCAUGUUACAGUGACUGGCUUUAUACCCCUUUUAGAAUAUGCUUACACAGCCACUCUGUCAAUUAACACAGAAAAUAUCAUUGAUGUUCUAGCUGCGGCUAGCUAUAUGCAGAUGUUUAGUGUUGCUAGCACCUGCUCAGAAUUCAUGAAAUCAAGUAUUUUAUGGAAUACCCCCAAUAGCCAACCAGAAAAAGGUCUAGAUGCUGGACAAGAAAAUAAUUCUAACUGCAAUUUUACUUCUCGAGAUGGAAGCAUUUCUCCAGUGUCUUCAGAGUGCAGUGUAGUAGAAAGAACCAUUCCUGUCUGCCGAGAAUCACGGAGAAAACGCAAAAGCUACAUUGUUAUGUCUCCUGAGAGUCCUGUAAAAUGUAGCACACAAACAAGUUCACCCCAGGUAUUGAAUUCUUCAGCUUCCUAUGCAGAAAAUAGAAAUCAGCCAGUUGACUCCUCUUUAGCUUUUCCCUGGACUUUCCCUUUUGGAAUUGAUCGAAGGAUUCAGCCUGAGAAAACUAAGCAGGCAGAAAACACCCGGACUUUAGAAUUACCUGGCCCAUCUGAGGCAGGUAGAAGAAUGGCUGAUUAUGUGACUUGUGAGAGCACAAAAACUACCUUGCCUCUGGGUACCGAAGAAGAUAUCCGGGUCAAAGUAGAAAGAUUAAGUGAUGAGGAGGUCCAUGAGGAAGUGUCCCAGCCUGUCAGUGCAUCUCAGAGCUCACUGAGUGAUCAGCAGACAGUGCCAGGAAGUGAACAAGUCCAAGAGGACCUUCUGAUUAGUCCACAGUCUUCCUCUAUAGGCUCAGUAGAUGAAGGAGUUACCGAGGGGUUGCCUACACUUCAAAAUACUUCUAGCACCAAUGCUCAUGCAGAUGAUGAUGACCGAUUGGAAAAUGUUCAGUAUCCCUACCAACUCUACAUUGCUCCUUCUACCAGCAGUACAGAACGGCCAAGUCCAAAUGGUCCAGACAGACCUUUUCAGUGUCCAACCUGUGGGGUGCGAUUCACCCGUAUUCAGAACCUGAAACAGCACAUGCUUAUCCACUCAGGAAUUAAACCAUUUCAGUGUGACCGCUGUGGGAAAAAGUUCACCAGGGCUUACUCGCUAAAGAUGCAUCGCCUAAAGCAUGAAGGUAAACGCUGUUUCCGGUGCCAGAUAUGUAGUGCCACUUUCACUUCCUUCGGGGAAUAUAAACACCAUAUGAGGGUUUCCCGGCACAUUAUCCGCAAGCCUCGGAUUUACGAGUGCAAAACAUGUGGCGCCAUGUUCACCAACUCGGGAAAUUUAAUCGUGCACCUGAGGAGUCUGAACCAUGAAGCAUCAGAGCUAGCAAACUACUUCCAGAGCAGUGAUUUCUUAGUACCGGACUACUUAAAUCAGGAGCAAGAAGAGACCCUUGUUCAGUAUGAUCUUGGAGAACACAGUUUUGAAAGCAACUCUUCUGUUCAAAUGCCUGUAAUCUCACAGGUCUCUUCAACCCAGAAUUGUGAAAGCACUUUCCCCUUGGGGUCUCUUGGUGGGCUUACAGAAAAGGAGGAAGAAGUGCAAGAACAGCCAAAGACCAGUGCUUGUGCCGAGACCACCCGGGAUGACCCCCCUAAAUCAGAGCUGUCGUCUAUAACUAUUGAAUAAUUUUGUGAUUUGGCUUCAUUUUUGGUUUUUGGAAAGUGCCUGUGGUUGGUCUUGUACAUUUGAAUUUAAUUUUCUGAAAAACAAAGGGCUUCCCUUUGAAAGCCCUAAGACUGUUGGGGGUUUUUUGUUAAUUUUUCAUAAAAGAGAGAUUGGCUUCUGUGGGUAUACAGUAACGCAUACUGUUGAAGCAGAACAUAAACUCCGAGAUGUAAGGAACCAGUUGAUUUAAAUCAUACCAGUUCUUCCUUUGUUAAAAGCAGGCUAACAACAAAUCAUUAGAUACAGAAGAAAUCAGAUGGUUGUUGACCUUCCUGAGGUUGAAAGUUACUAAACAGAAUUUGACAAUAGCCUAAGUAGAUGUUUACUCCCUUAUGCAGUAUGUCAUAAGCCCUGUAGUUUUGAAAGCUUUCUUUAACAUUAUGACAAAUACUUCUGAAAUCCACCAUAGUUUUUUUAAGCUAUUAUGAUUUUUUUCAUGGUGAAAAUUUGGUAUUGGGUAGGCAUUUCCCAUACUUUUAUAGUACCACUCCAAAGGCAGAGAUACAUGAUUAAGAGGGGUCAGGCUGUGGAUGGAAUGACCAGGAAUGUAGAAUGAGGUAUGUAUACCCCAACCAGCUUUAUAGGAACUCUUUUGAAUACUGUUUUUUUUACUAAAGUUAAUGUUUACCUGGUCUUCGAAUGUUAAUGCCUGGCUAACUUGGCUAACUAGGUCAUCGCCCAGUCAGUUUCCCUUGUCCCAUCAAUAUCCCUUUCACUUGCAUAUACUAUUGUGCUGCCGUAUAAAAGAAAAAUAUUGAAGAUAUUCUAUAUUUUAUAUAUAGGUUUAUGUAUUGUGGGGGAUGUUUUUGAUGUGCUGUUUUGGACAAAAUAAAGAAUUCUGUUUUGAGGCUA